CCCCCCCCCCCCGCGCGCCGCCGCCAUACCACGAUUUCGUCUCGUCCUCCGCCACUGCAUAGAAUCAAAUCCAUGGGUGAGUGGUUGAGUUUGGCGUCCUUAACUUUUCUUUCUUGGCUCCGCGCCGGUCUGCUUACUUCCGCCAGUUUUGGAAUGGGGAAUUAUCUAACUGGAAAAAGAACAGCAGCAGCACCAAACAACAUCAAGGAGAAAACGAUCUGCAACAGGGAAAUUAAAUUUGAAGACCUUCCAGAGGGUGUACAAUGCACGAUCUUAUCAAAAUUGCCUCUAAAAGAGGUUGUUAGAACCAGCGUCUUAUCAAGUGAAUGGAGAUAUCUGUGGGUUCACUGCCCCAAGUUAUGUUUCAACAGUGCUGAUCAGGUGUCUGGGCGCAAAAGGUGCAUCAAGAAAUUCAUCGAUAAUGUCAACACUGUUUUACACAAGUGCAGUGGUGAGGUGGUUGAAGAGCUCAAGGUCAAAUUUGGAUUUGACAGUACACUUGCUGACCAUGUCGACAGUUGGAUUAGUUUUGCUGCAUCCUCACGGACAAAAGUUCUUGCUCUUGAUCUGGAGUCUAUUGACUCUUGGCUCCGAGAGGAUCGUUACAUAUUUCCAUUUCAACUUUUGAACAAUGAAAGCAUCUCCUGUCUACAAAGCAUUGAGCUUAGCUUUGUAUCCUUGAAGCCGCCUUUCCAGUUCCGUGGUUUCCCAAACCUCAGAAAGCUUCAUCUCAGUUUGGUGCAUGUCACUAGAAAGGAUCUCCAAGAUACACUGUCCAGCUGCUGUAAAAUUGAGUGUCUAAGCAUGGACAGAUGCUAUCCUGGUGAUGAACUAAAGGUGGAUACCCCUCUCUUCCAUCUGCUACAUCUACGCAUUGUACGCUGCGAAUUCACCAAGAUAGAAUUCCAUGCUGUAAAUCUGCAUACUUUUACGUAUAGAGGACCCUUACGGCCUAUUGUCCUGAACUCUUCGAGGAAGUUGAAUGAUGUAACCAUUUCGCUAUUCGAAGCAACCUUUCAGCAUGCUUUUGCAUCACUUCUCAAUGGCCUUCCGAGCGUGAAGCAUCUGACUUUUCAUAUUAUUUUUCUACAAAUGGAGAUGCAAGGGUUGAGCAAUAGUAAUCCAUACAAGUUUUCUCGUCUUAGGAAUUUACAGUUGCACAUGAACAUAGACCGCGAAGAUGCCGACAAGAUUCUUUGUUUGGUCUCUUUUUUAAGAGCCACUCCUCUUAUUGAAAUACUGGAGGUUCAUUUUGAAUGUACUGAUUUAUGGUUUGCCGAUGUGGCUGUGGGUCCUACAAGGCAGAACCUUCAGCGAUAUGAAUACACUCAUUUGAAGAGUAUGAAUAUUACAGGAUAUAAAGGAGCAAGAGGCCAACUUGAAUUUAUUCUUCAUGUUGUGGAAAAUGCCCCUGCCCUGGAGGCUUUAACUGUAUAUACCACUCGAGAAUUGCAGGAGCAUGCUGGCCAGGUUGCCAAAUGCUGCCUAAGUCAAAAACGUUCCCCAACAUUGAAGUUUUGUGUUGUUUAAGACAUAAUAUUGGCAUGAGAAAUACUCUGUGCAAGUUCUUUUAUUGCCU